GCAACAGUUGAUAGAAAGCAAAAACACCUACCAGAGAAGAGCCAUAUUGUGUAUCAAAAGAAAGAGUACCCUGUGUGCGUGCGUGUGCGUGUGUGCAGCUUUUGGUCUACGUAGCCAUCGUGGUGGUGCAUCGGGACUCGCACACACCGACAUUCUUCCCCCCUCCACGCUGUUGCCCAUCUGUGUGUUUGUUUUGUUGGGCUGGUAGGCCAGAGAGCAAGUCACCAUUCUCCGCCGCUGCGAAUUGGGUACGUGAUGUCCGCCCAUCGACUCGGAGUGUCCGCUCACUCCGACGAGCAGCAGCAGCAGCAGCAGCAGCAGCCGAAGCGCAACUUGGCUGCCGGCAAGCGUCUCGCUCCCCUUCCACCGGGGCUGCGCAGCCGUGUCCGCGGAACCCCUUCGGACGCCGCAGCCGCCCACUCACCACCACCACCAAGGACGCAGCAGCGAAGCAGCAGCCAGACGCGCUUCAACGAGAAAGACGGCCGUCGCCACCUUCCGCCGGUCUCGCGGGGCGGUCCCUCCUCCUCUUCCUUCUCUUCCUCGGCCCCUGCCGCUGCCUUUGCGUCGACGGCGCCGCCCGCGCGGGACGGCCGCCGGUCCGCACCUCCGACGGCAGCCGACGCAGCGGCAGGCCACAGCCACCGCGCAAGUAACACCAGCGUGAGCUGCAGCGGUGGUGGUGGUGGUGGCGCGUCAGCUGCUGCGGCUGCGGCUGCUGCACCAUCUUCUUCGUCCUCCUCUUGCGCUCCUCCCACGGCGCCGCGGGCCUCCACCUCGGAAGGGAUGCGGCGGCCGAGCCCGUCAAAGGCGGCCGCAUCGGUCAACGUCACGACGCAUGGGGCGAACCGGAGUACGCUAGCCCACGGCGGCGCCACUGCUGCAGCCGCCUCGGCGCGUGUGGAGCGGCCGACGCCACGUGCACCGGUGCUGUCGCGGGCGUCUGCCCGUGCCCCACCACGUGAAGAGAGCACCACCGGCGCCACCCCCACCAACACAGCAAGUGCAGGCGGACAGGCCCUGCAGGAACCGCACGGCGCGACGCCCCCUGCGCACCACGCAGCACCGCCGCAGCCGGCUGCGGAGGUGAAGGUGCACUUCAGCGCGCCGGGGUUUCCGCCGGCGCCGCAUGAUAUGGAGACGCGCUUCUACACCGAUAAAAGUGAAUGGUGCGACGAAAGCGAGCUGCCACCGCUGGUGUGGUCCUUGCUAGACGGCACCUCGUUAGAGGCGCCGCACACCAGCUACCUCUGGACACAGGCCUACCCGCAGCCGGGCGAGCUGCUGCCGCCGCCGCCCUUGCCAAAUACGAAGCCACUCUACCACGAACGAAGAGAGGACAACGCCAGCGACACGCCAGAGCCGUUGCCGCUGCCGCUGCAGCACCGCGACAGCGAGAAGCGCCGCGGCGGGUUCUACGCCUGUGUGCGGUGCGCCACGCCCAUCUGCAGCCCGCACUUUCAAGUCGUACCCGCCGCUCCCGCUCUGCGGGGCAUCGCCGUCUUCAGUCGCCUGCAUCUCAAUGCCGUCGACCUGCGCGUGCGGGCGGCCGGCGGGGACACCACACGUGCGCAGCGCCCGUCUUUCUCGUCCGCCUCGUACCACACGCCCCUUCGCAGCGGCGGCGGAGCGCUGACGUCGAUGAGUGAGGCCGAUGCGCUGCUGCAGGCGGCAGGCGGUGGCAUGCGUUUCCUGGUCCACUGCCACCACUGCGGCGGCUGCCUCGGUGCGAUGUUUAUCGGCGAGAUCACCGCCCCACCGUCAGCCUCACCACCCACGCCGACCGCGGCGCGGGAGCUGCUGUGUGUGAACAGCGUGUGCCUGCGGUACAUGCGGUACCGCACGCGCGCCCCGCUGGACGGCGAGCUGCUCGGGCGCUCGUCAGGGACCACCGCCGCCGCUGCCGCUGCUUCUACUGCAUCGACGACGACGGGUGUGACGAUGGGUGCCCUCUUUGGCUCCCCGCGGUACACGGCGUGGAAUCUGCAGGGGAGGGUUGACGGAGCCGAGGACGCCGCUGACGACGAUAGCGAGCGCGGAGGCGAUGCGAGUUCGUUUGCCGAGUUGUUGGAGUCGCUGAAUCCGUACAGCGGCAAAGGCGACGAUGACUCCGACUAG